CACUGUUGCUUGCUGUGAAGGCACUUUUUGCCCAGUGGAUAGGGUGCAACACUCUUGGCCUUACAAUCGUGGUUUCGGAUCCUAGACUUUGGAAGACUUUAUAUCACGAAAUUGGAAUUGUUCCAUGGAACUGUCAUUGUGAGCUUAUGAAAGUUUCAACAGUGGGCACAUGAAUCUGACAAAGCUAUGUUUCACAUUAUAUGAUUUCAAACAGCUGGUUCUAACUGUUAAUGCAGAAUACCUUCUGGUCUGCCUUGCUGUGCUGCCCAUCUUCUCAUGAGGGUGAUGUAUGGUCCUGGACCAAUAGGAUUACCGCUUCAGGGUGAUGAAGUGGCCAAGAAAUAGUAGAGCGUCUGACCAAAUAAAUGUCUUGCAGUAUUUGGUCAUGUCCUUUUAUGUUCUGAGUUCAAAUCCUGCCGAAGUCAACUUAGCUUUUCAUCCCUCCGAUCUUGAUAAAAUACGCACCAGUUAUGUACUGGGGUCAAAUCAAUCGACUAUACCCUUCCUCUACACAUUUGUGGCCUUGUGACAAUAUUGGAGUGGCCAGUCUUAGUAUGUCACAUGGUGGUCAUCGACCUGAGGAAAUGAAGUCUGACUCUGUACACCCUCACAUUGCCGGUCACCAUCAUCAUCCUGGUCAUCACCAUACAGCAGAGGAAGAAGAGUAUGUUAUUGAAGUGGACAGUGAUCUAAGCCCCACAGGGCCAGAUAUUAUCAGGGAGGUGGAUCAUGACCACCACAAUGUAAAAGUGAAAUUGAAACGGAGGCGGCGUUGUGGAAUUUGUGGUCCUUGUCAAAUCAAGCAGAACUGCGGCCGUUGUCACUACUGUCUGCGUCGGGAUGUCUUAAAGCAGACAUGUGUCUACCGCAAGUGUGUCUACUUGAGGAGCAAACCACGGAGCAUGAGCCCAAAGGAAAAUGUUUCUAUGUCUGCUCUCAACUUGCAGUCAGGACUUGGCGUUGCCACACCAACGGACCUUAGUAUCCGAACCAGCCUAACGCAAACUACUUCAGGGACGUCUUCGAAUGACUUUCAAGGACUCUCGUCUAUGUACCACCAUCCAGAUCUUGAUUCGAGAGCCUUCACUGGUAGUUCGCCCUCAAUUCCAUUGCAUCAUGAUCCGGUCAUCCCAUCAAGGAUGAACCCGUAUAUGGGAGGUGCUCACACUGGACCUUACCCAAUCAAUAUGUUUCCUAGCAGCAGUUUAGCUGCCAACUCAAGUUUACCAAGUCCAUUUCAGAUGGGUAGCUGUAGUAAUAGCCCGUUCCGGUAUCCUUGGAUGCCCGGUUCAUUUGCAAGACCAUCUGUUGUGUCCAGUCCCACUGAUCUUCUCCGGCCAUCGCCAUCUUGGCCUCCCCCUCCGCCACCAACUCAUGGACUUUCCUCCACGCACCAAAGAAUGGCUUCAGACUUUGGCGCAAACUCAUUUCAAAAGGAUAUGCCAUUUAUGAAACGGCGCUCGCAACAGGAUCUUUUGCAAAAUAGACAGAGACUUCCAUCUUGUAGCAGAUCGCUGGCUCCAAUGUGUGGAAGUUCCCCUAGUGGGUGUGAGACCCCAGCUUGUUUCAACUCGGAUGCAUUGGUAAUGCGUGAAAAAUACAGCUGUUUCCCUGGGCAGGGCUCUCGAUCUAUAGGCUGCGACAAUAGUGGUCACAUGACAUCAGGGACUUUGAAUAGUAGCUACAACCGAGGAUGUGCAUCGUCACAGCAUGAGUGUGACGUCAUCGGCAUUGACGAUUUGCAGUGGCUACCUGGUACAUUUUCCGCAUCUACUGCAGGCGUGCAUGAGCUGAAGCAGUAACUGCACUGUAGAGCGUGCAAUGGCUGACAAUACACAAACACAUGCACUCACAUCAACACUGAGAAAGAGAGAGAUAAAAAGAGAGGGGCACAUGCACACGCAUAUAGAUAUAUAUACACA